AAUAUGUUUUUGUUUAUAAUAUUAUUAAAGUUCUUUCUUGUUCAAUAUUGCUCCACAACGAUAAGCUACCAUCGCCGCAAACAUGUUUCACGACAUCUAGCUCAUGGACAUGUUACAGUUACAUCGUUGACAUCUACAACGUUUCGUAAUGGCAAAUUAUUCUUUUAAAAUAUAUAACUAUUUAUUGUCAGUAUUAGGUUAAUUAUUUGUUAUUUGAAUUAAAUCCUUACAACGCGUGUUAAAAUGAUUAAUCAAUACAUACAAACAAUUUGAUUUCAAACUUAUUUAAAUUAUUUCAUUUUUCCAAAAUGAUGUUUGUGGAAAAUACAACAUAACAAAACACAAAAGGAGGAACAUGUUUUACAUUUAGAAUCUACGUAUUGUAUUAUUUGUGCAACUUAUACUUUAGUUUAAUCUAUAAGUAUCGCUACGCCUCUAAGCUUUGCUAUUUCCAUUAACCUUAUCAAACUGCCUAUCCAUAAAUCUUAUGUCAGCUAAGCGACGUGAAAUACUUCCUUUCCGUGAGCAUGUUUGUCAGAAUGAAUUCGUAAACUAAGGUUAAGUAGUACAUGUAUCGUGACAACAAGUGGAAAAUAAUUGCAUAUGCGUGCGUAUACCUACACUUGUACUACAGUGCCUACUUGAAUCGUCUUAGGUAACGACAAACUUCUUCAACAAAAUGCAUCAGACGAUAAUAAGUAUCCUCACGGGCUUUUUGUGUGUUUGUACCGUAACUAUUUCUACCUCAACCUCUUCGACGACUGCUACUUCUAGUACACCAUGGACAUCGGCUUCAUCUUCACUUGAGACAUUAUCUGGAUCUGGACUACCAACAACGUCUAAAGCGGAAACCGUCUUAAAAUGUUUAAAUAUGAUAGAACUGGUAAAUGGAAACGUAACUAUCACGGCUGAUGGCAAACUCGCAAAUUACACUUGUCACGAUGGAUAUAGAUUGAACGGCAGCGAAAUACGCACUUGUGUUAACAGUACAUGGAGUGGAUAUGAUCCUAGCUGUUUGAAAAAUUGUAUAAUACCAUUAGCCCCUGCAAAUGGCAACGUAAGUUUCUCCGCUUUAAAUACUAAUGCCACUUUCACGUGUAUACCGGGAUUCUUUUUAUAUGGAAGCAGCCAGAUUACAUGCGGCGAUGGCAAAUGGAGCGCAGCAAUACCAACUUGCAGCAGAAAAGAUUCAACCAAUGGAACAACGACAUAUUCAGAAACCACAACUACUACUUAUAACGAAACAGAAACGACCGCAAGCUCAACGAUUUACACAGAGACAAUAACAACCGAAGACCGUCCAACAUCGGCACAAUCAGUGAUAACACCGACAACAAGUGUGUCGCCCAAGGAAACAUCGACGUCAAUUGGACCAUUAAGUACAACUGCAACUUUAGAUUGCGAAAAUCUCACUGCCCCAGUAAACGGAAGUUUGAUUCAAAACGGGUCGUUAUAUGAAUCGGUCGCCAAUUAUUCUUGUAAUAACGGAUACUACAUAGUUGGCACACGGACACGGACAUGCCUUGACUCUGGAAGAUGGAGUGGUCAGACACCAAGUUGUGCAAGAGUUGCAGUAUCAACAUGUACGUGCAAAAAUGACACGGAUAUUUGGGGCGUUGCUUGGUACGAAUCCCUGUGUGGUCAAACUCAGCGGUCACAGUGUCCAAAAGGAAGUUCAGGGAAUUACACCAGACAAUGUGGCAGCGAAGGUGUUUGGGUUAACUUAACUAACACAUGUAUACGGGAGGCGAUUAAUAACAUUGCAAGCACGGUACGAUAGAACAUGCUGUAAACAUUUAAAAUCCCGAUCAUAUAAUAAUUGUACUUCUU